UUUAACGUAGGUAUUCUAAAAAUAUUUUUUCCAAAGUCGAACCAUCAUUGUCGGAGUUUGAGGGAGAAAGGGCCUGUUUUGACAUCAAAGUGUUCAUCGCUAUCGUCCUCAUUCAUAUGCGCGCGCUGCGGGACGGAAAUUGUGGACCGACAAGUGCUGAAGGUGAAUGGAUUAACGUGGCAUCUGAAAUGUUUGCAGUGCUCGGUGUGCGCAGUGUCCUUGGGUCACCAUAACAGCUGCUUUAUCAGAAAUAAAGAGAUUUUCUGUAGAACGGAUUAUAACAGUACUUUCGGCAUAAAAUGUGUUCGAUGUAGCCAUCAAGUCAGUGCAAAUGACUGGGUUCGGAGGGCAGGAAAUGGCAUAUAUCAUCUUACCUGCUUCGCUUGCAUCUUCUGUAAAAGGCAGCUUUCUACAGGGGAGGAGUUCGGCUUGAUAGAGAACCAGGUUCUCUGUCGCAUUCACUACGACAUAAUGCUACUAAACCUGCAGCGCUUGUCAGACAAUGGAAAUGAUCUGUACGGAGCUAUACCCAUACAGUAUCUCCCAAAGCCGCCUAAAAGACCUCGUACAUCAUUUACUUCAGAACAGCUACAGAUUAUGCAAACCCACUUUAUCCAAGACAAGAAUCCUGAUGCACAGACUCUGCAGAGGCUGGCAGACAUGACUGGGCUGAGCAGAAGAGUCAUACAGGUUUGGUUUCAAAACUGUAGAGCCAGACAGAAGAGGAACCCACUUCAUGACAGCAUCUCUCCACGGGACAGAUACCAGACCUCUGCAAGGCCCUUUCUGUCAGAUAACCAGUACUUCUUGCCCUCAGAGACCUGAGACUCACUGAGACUGUCCACUAUUUCAGCAUCUGUGCUACUUGAUAUCUUUUGAUGUAUAAAAAUUUAUUUGGGGAGUAUUUGAUUUAAGUGCUGAUUGAAUACAUACUGUUUAAAAGUUUGGGUUCAGUAACAUUUUUUUUUUUUUUUUUACAAGAAAGUAUCACUUUAUUAUUUAGCAAAGAUGCAUUAUAUUGAUGUGACAGUAAAAAAGUGACAGUAAAGUGAUGUUAAUAAAAUGUUACGGAAGAUUUCUAUCAUAAAUAAAAUGCUUUUUUAUUCUU